AUGCACACCGCACAAUUAUCUUUGUCCUUGCUCUCCCUCGCCCUCGGCUUUCUCUUCCAGGUCGGCAGCGCAGACACCACUCUCGCAGCAGUAUCAGAGUAUCCCGACGGCCAGCCCCAAGCGCCUCCCGCCACAGCCAGCUGGCCCAGCGAGGCGGCGUCCUCCUCGUCAUGGCCGUCGACUUCGUCCUACGAGAAUCCCUUCACGAUCUACACUUCCAUGACCAACUCGCUGGGCGUCAUCACCGGCAUGCCUUCCGUGGUGACCUCCCAGCCGACCCAACCGGCAGUGGUCACCAGCCAGCCUCCGUCGGCCACACUGCCCAGCUACUCCGGAUACUACUACAACACCACCAGUAGCUCAGCAUCGGUGUCGAGCCCGAGCCCGAGCCCCACGACGCUGGCUACAAGCACGACACUCGCUGCUGGGACUUCGAGUGGUGGAGGUUCCACUAUCUUCACGUUCUUCAGCUCUAUUCCCCCGCUGCCCCAAGCCACCGGCGGGGCGGCCUCGAACAGAAUCCCAGGAGCAGGCAUUGGCUUGGUGGUCGCGGCUCUGGGAUUCGGCAUGCUAUGA